UAAAUUUUGAUAAUUUUUUAUCCCAAACCCGAUCUCACUUUCUCUCCGUCUCUCGAUCUCUAUCGAAAACAUUAAGCAUCUUUACCACCAGCCCUCAUUCUAUUGCUUUUCUAUUCAAGCAACCAAAGCGGGGGAAAUAAGAUGAGCAGCCACAUUCCGCUUCCCAAGGACAAACACAGCAAGAGCAAACUCUACGUGACACUCUCCUCGCUGAGUUCCAAAAAGAGAGAGCACACGAAAUGCAUCGAAACGCACCCCUUCAACUACCGGCUCACCAUACUCUCCACCGCACCCACCCUCCUUCCACUCCUCAAAUCACACCUAGGAUCCUACUACAGGGUGUCAAUGAAGCUAACAGACCUGAUAAACCCCGACUUUAUCGCAACCUACAUUAAACAGAACUCCCUUGUGGCACUCAGCCUGGACAACCGCCUCGACACAGGCGACGUGUUUGCUGUGGACGGGAAUGGGAUUCUGGUGCUGAGCCUGUGCAAGGAUACGUAUGAGGAACUGGGGUUGGUCGGCGAUGCUGCGCAGUUUCCGUUGGAGCGCGGCGCCAGGCAUAUUGUCAGGGUGGAUUUGCGGUCUGACGUGAUGGUGCCCGAGAAGAAGUAUUACCAGCGGGUGAAAAAGUGCUUUGAGAGGACGUUUACUCGCGAAGUGCGGUUUGUCAUUGGGUGGUAUGAUUCGGAGACUGGUGGUGCGCUGAACUUUGAUCCGACGUUUGACGAGGAGCAUCAGUUGCGGGAUGUCUGGGUUCCGGAUGUGUGCGAUCUCCAGGACGUCCAGGAGGCUCGGAAUACCGCUGGCUCUGGCAGUGGCGUGUCGGAUGUGUGGACGGAGCGUGCAACGGAUGUGUUUGAGUGGAUCGGCAUGGUGUCGAGUGCCGAGGCAGGAGCAGGAGCAGGCGCAGGAGUGCUGCAGCGGAUCCUUUCCGCUAACGACGGUAGCAGCAGCAGCAGCAAUGAGCAAGAUAUUUGCACUUACAGCGUAUCAGAACCGCGCAAGAGUCUAACUCUUAAUUCUGUGAGCGUCAGCGGCCUGCUCUCGGCCAAGGCUAUCUCUCGCCUAUCCGCCGCCGCCCUCCACCACCUCGCUGGCCAACAGCAGCAAGAACAACAGGCCAGCUCCCCACUGUUUCUCUGUGUCUGGGGCCACGAAGACGCGCCCGUUUCAUGGUCUGCCAGCGAGCAUGGGUUCCUGACGAGCGGCGAAAAUAUGUACGCGCAAGUGUAUGACCCUAACACUGACAAAUGCAUGACCUUCCAAGCCUGCGGUCCCUGGGACUCUCACUCUUGAAAAGUAUACACAAUAUAAGCAAUAUAUUAUUUGAAAACAUU